AUUUAGAAGAAUAAACGUUAACACAGUUAAAGCAAAUGGAGUUUGUUUGCCAACUUCAACUUUCGUGUCUUCCAAAUUCGUCGGAUAUUGUAAUGGGUUAUUUUCCAACUUCGCCAAGGAGUGUUCCCCAAUUAGUUAAGCACCGCCGGAAACAUGGCUAUGUGAACAAGGGCUUUUUGUAUUCCACUUAUUCUACAAUUCAGAUAACCAAUAAGCAAGUUUCAACUACUCUUAGCCCUGCCUUGCAGCAGCAGCAGAUAUUGGCUUCAGCUUCCACCUCUUUGACUUCAUUAAGAGCCGAUGAUGAGAGCAAUGUCAGUUCAGCAACUACGAGAUCUUCGUUGCUUGGGAAGUCUAGUAGUGCCAUGGAGCAACUUGAUUUUGAACGCGGUGUUUGUGUUCCCUUUCGCAAGUACACUCCAGAGACAGUGAAGAAUAAGGUUUUGGAAUCCAGAGGGGCUAUACUCUCUCUCCUUGGUCGGGGCGUGGAGAUAGUUUGGAACUUGGGUUUCUAUUGGUCCACCCUUAUGUAUGACUGCUUUAUUGGUCGAGAUAAAGAAGUGGUUCCUUAUCGAGCCCGGCAACUCAGGAAUUUGUUGUGUGAUUUGGGGCCUUCCUUCAUUAAAGCUGGGCAGGUUCUGGCAAACAGACCUGACAUUAUUAGGGAGGAUUAUAUGAAUGAGCUCUGCAUUCUUCAAGAUGAUGUUCCUCCUUUUCCUAACCAGGUUGCCUUCGCCAUUAUUGAAGAGGAGUUAGGUCGGCCUCUUGAAGAUGUUUUCAGUAAAAUUUCAUCGAAGACAAUUGCGGCUGCAAGUUUGGGUCAAGUUUACCGUGCUACUUUACGUGACACAGGGGAGGAUGUUGCUAUUAAGGUUGAUAAUGCAGGUGUAAGUGAUGAAAAUAUUGGUUCGCCACCAAACAUCGUCGCUUUCAGGUUGCGAGACCAUGCAUCGAACAAUACCCAAUCGGGAGACAUCGAUCUCCUCAUACUCUUCAUCAGAGAUGGCUUUAUUUGGAUCGUGAUCCUCAAAUUCAUCAUCAUGAUCUUCAUCCUGAUCUUCCUCUUCAAGAUUUUGGUUUCCAACAUAAAGAUUCCUAUUGGAGCACUCUUUGACAAAAUGGCCAAAUCCUUGACACUUGAAGCAUUGCUAUUGACCAUUCCUUUUGGGUGUUGUACCCAAGAUGCCCUUAUCUUUGCUGUUCUUAAAAUGACGAGGAGGAUUGACAGUUGUUUUAGGGAAGUUCGAAGAGUCCUGAAAAGGCUUCUUGACACUUGA